CCAUUCUUCAUUACAUCGACACCGGCUCCCACACGCCUGUGCGACAAAGACCAUACCGUGUUUCCGCGGCGGAACGCCAAGUUAUUAGCGAACAGGUUGACGAUAUGCUUCAACGCGACGUUAUUCGACCAUCACAAAGUCCAUGGGCAUCACCUGUCGUUCUAGUUAAGAAAAAGGAUGGUUCGAUUCGGUUCUGCGUGGAUUACCGGCGCCUAAACAAGAUCACUCGAAAAGACGUGUACCCUUUGCCCAGGAUUGACGAUGCCCUUGAUAGUUUACAAGGCGCCGAGUUUUUUUCAUCGUUAGAUUUGCGUUCUGGGUAUUGGCAGGUGCCCCUAGCAGAUGCUGAUCGUCCAAAGACAGCCUUUGUGACACCCGACGGUCUAUAUGAAUUUAAUGUCAUGCCCUUCGGCCUCUGCAAUGCGCCUGCCACCUUCGAGCGCAUGAUGGACUCGGUUUUACGGGGUUUGAAGUGGCAGAUCUGUCUCUGCUACCUCGACGAUAUUGUUGUCUUUGCGCCAGAUUUCGCAACACAUCUCGAACGCUUGAAACACGUCCUGACGUGUCUGAAGAAUGCGCAGCUCCAACUCAAUCUCAAGAAGUGCCGCUUCGCUGCACGGGAACUUACGAUUCUCGGUCACGUCGUAUCAAAGGACGGUAUACUUCCAGACCCGGCCAAACUACGUGCUGUCGCCGACUUCCCCAAACCGACGACUGUGAAGCAGUUACGGAGCUUCGUCGGGUUAUGCUCCUACUUUCGCCGGUUUGUGCGCAACUUCGCCUCUAUUAUUGCGCCUCUGACCCAACUUUUAAGCAGCGCCACCGAUAUUUCGUCAUGGUCUUCCGAGUGUGACCAUGCAUUCUCCACACUCCGUCGUCUCCUCACAUCACCACCUAUAUUGCGGCACUACGACCCUACAGCGGCUACUGAGGUUCACACUGACGCCAGCGGUGUCGGCCUCGGUGCGGUUCUCGCACAACGGAAGCAUGGGUUCGCCGAGUAUGUCGUCGCAUACGCCAGCAGAGCUCUCACCAAGGCUGAGUCGAACUAUAGCGUCACCGAGAAAGAAUGCUUGGCGAUAGUUUGGGCGCUUGUCAAGUUCCGCCCAUACCUUUAUGGCCGUACGUUUGAUGUCGUUACGGACCACCACGCGUUAUGCUGGUUGUCUUCGCUAAAGGAUCCAUCAGGUCGUCUUGCCCGUUGGGCUCUUCGGCUUCAAGAAUAUGACAUCCGCGUUAUAUACCGUUCCGGCCGCAAGCACGCCGACGCUGAUGCACUGUCGCGGUCCCCAUUAUCCACAGAGUCUUCAUCCAUUUCCACUAUCGACCCCUCGUUGUCAGCUCUUGACGUGGACACCGUCUCUUCUGCACAACGCAAAGACCCAUGGAUAGCUUCGCUCCUUGACGUUUUAUGUGAGGCACCCACGCUUCGGACCACUCGAACACUGCGACGCCAGGCACCACACUUCAGCAUUCGGGAUGGCCUUUUGUACCGGCGUAACUACUCACCCGAUGGUAAGCCCCGCAGCCGAGUGUUCGGCUCUCUUCACCGUGGGUUGUUCGAAGGCAGCAUCGAGACCGGUUCGGGCGACAGUCUCUACGUCGAGCGGGCCAGCAGGUUCUUCAACGACAGCCGCCCCUAUCACUCGGUGCUCUACUCGAGCGCCGAUAUCGAGUUCCCCACGCUGACAGGUGGAGGUCACGGCCGCUGGUGUGGACUGCACGGCAGCACCGAACAGUGGAUGAGAGACACACUGCGCAGAUUCCGUCGCGUUUCACCUAAGGCGCCUCACUUUUAUAAGAGCCGUGUGGGCCGGAAGCUGCACGCCUAUAGCGGAGCGAGUGACGACAACGGCGAUGGGAAUGAAAGGCAAGACAACGCCACGACAAUGUAUAGUGAACCAAUUGGCGGAGAAGAACGCAACACCACCGCGGAGACUGAGCACGAAAUGCUCGACGAUUCCUGA